AUGCCGAGCAUAGUGCGCUUCAUAGCUCGCGCAGCGACUUUGAGCUUCCCAGCCCAGCCGGAGAAUAUGCGCACCCCCUGCCUUGCCGUUACCAUGACCGAUACCGUAGCCAGGAAUAGCAAGGCUGCUAGGGACUGUGGGUCGCACAUUUUGGGUUCCCGACGCCCCGCACCUAAGACGCUGCUGCUGUUUAUUGAUCUGAGUAUCGCCGUAAACGUCAUCUUUCAGAGGCCACCGGCUGUUUUUGGCUUAUCCUCCAGUUGCCUCUUACGACACCCUCAGGGUAAGACA